GUGUUGCAGCAAAGAUUCUGGGGCGCACCAUGGCCCCCGAGACGUACAGGGACACGAAAGAGAAUAAUGGCGACAAGUUCGGCGUGAACUUCGCCGUGGGUGGCGCCGGCGUGUUCGAGGUGCCGCGCAAGGCGCCGACCCUGGCCAAGCAGAUCGACUCCUUCUAGAAGAUUCUUGAUGGCGGCGACAUCGGGAAAUGGCAGCUCCAGGAGUCGGUCGCGCUCGUGGCCAUCUCCGGCAACAACUACGCGCGCGUCGCCAACAUGAGCGGCGAGAGCGAGAUCCUCGACUUCAUCGGGAACGUGACGGACGAGAUCGCCGGCGGCGUGGAGCGGCUGCGGAAGCUGGGCGUGACCAGGGUCCUCAUCAACAACCUGCACCCGUUGGCCUGCACGCCGUGGCAGACCAGGCCGUCCAACUACACCGAAUGCAUGGGCCGCGGCAACGUGGCCGCAUUGUUCCACAACGGCGACCUCGAGAAGAAGCUGAAUGCUUCGAGCAGCGACAGUGUCUACCUCAUUGACCUUCAUCGGGCUUUCACCAACAUCGUCGAUCCAUCCGAUCCCCAGGACAUCCCGCAGGUGGCAAAGCAGUUCAUCAAGAACAAGCUGAAGCUGUGCUGCUACAGCUUUGACCCGAACGGCUAUUGCGGGCAGGCGGACGAGGAUGGAGGCGUCCUGUACAACAUUUGUUCCCACCCUGAGAAGCACUUCUUCUGGGACGACGUGCACCCCACUCAGGCUGGAUGGGAGGCCGUCAUGGGGCAGCUGGAAAAGGACAUCAAGGAUUUCCUCCACAUUACCUAUUAGCUAGUUAUGAAGGCAUGCAUGGGUUUGCCUCUUCCGGUGGUCUUCGAGUCUGUUCUAGGUUAAGGUAUUUUAUCAAUUAGUUGUAAUGUGUUAGCAAGGUAGUUUCUUUCCGUCGAUAGUGAGUCAUCUGUUGGAUUGGAUCGAUCAGGUUGUUAUAUUGGAAUGAAUUGAUAGACAUCGUGUUCAUCGGUUA